UUUUAGGUAGAGAUAUAGAGGAUGACAAACUGAAAGAGGAGGCAGUAACGUAGUAAUAGAGAGAAUGAAAAGAGAGAGACAGAGAGGGUGAGAAAGAGAAAGAAGGGAGUAAGGUAGAGAGAUAGAGGAUGAGAAAGAGAGAAAGAGUUUGAUAAGCAGAAGGAGGAAAGGUAGGUAAGCUGACCUUCGCAAGUCAAGUUAAGAUCGAGGCUGCAGUGACGUCACGAGAUUCUACCAGACGACGACGUACAGACAGACGUUGGAUGUGGACGUUCAACUCUCAGAAGCCAUGUCAGCUGAAACCCCCCAACGUGCUGUUUCUAAUGGUGCACCGGACAAUGAGGAGGACACAUUUGAGAAGGAUUUGAAUGAAAUGCUUCAGGAUGCUCCAAGUCUAAACGAUAGUUGUUCAACUGUUCAGAGUGGCAGCCCACGGAAGAUCGCUACGGCUGCUGCAGCACCUCCUACCACCUUUAAUUCCAACCCUGCAGAUUCUUCACACACUCGACCAUACACUGGGCCACCAGAACAAGAAGCUACCCCUUCAGAGAAGUCUAAGAAAACUUCAAACUCAAAUGGGAUGACUCGAACAAUAUCAAGCAAACUGUAUCCCACAGGUUGCUUUUCUUUGGCAGCCACAAGUAAUAUUCCACUGUCGAGUCCUCAGAGCAAUGGAGAUUUCGUACCUAAAGGCAGUGUCACUCAGACUGCUGUAUCCAAGAUUGACACAAUUCGCUCAUGGAGCUUGAAUACAUACAAAUGUACUCGUCAACUUUUAUCUGAAAAAUUUGGCAAGGGUUCGCGAACUGUAGAUCUGGAGUUGGAAACUCAGAUCGAAGCUUUGCGUGAAACACAACGCAAAUAUUGCAACAUUUUGCGUUUGGCACGUUCUCUAACCAAUCAUUUCUAUUAUGUGGUGCAAACUCAAAAAGCCCUUGGAGAAUCUUUCUCUGAGUUAGCUGCAAAAUCUCCAGAUCUCCAGGAGGAAUUUACUUACAAUUCUGAAACACAGAGAACACUAAGUAGAAAUGGUGAAGUACUAUUGGGUGCCAUGAAUUUUUUUACUUCUUCUGUGAACACACUAUGCAAUAAAACUAUGGAAGACACUCUACUUACAAUAAAACAGUAUGAAAAUGCUAGACUGGAAUAUGAUGCAUAUAGAAAUGACCUUGAGUUUGCUCAAAUGGGACCACGAGAUAGCAAUUCUAUACCCAAAGUUGAAGAUGCCAAGACCAAGUUUGAAGAACAUAAACAAAAAUAUGAAUCUCUACGUGCUGAUGUAGCCAUCAAGCUAAAUUUUUUGGAAGAAAAUAAGGUGAAAGUCAUGCACAAGCAACUUCUUUUGUUCCACAAUGCGGUGUCGGCAUACUUCAGUGGGAAUGAGACAGCUUUGGAUGCAACAUUGAAGCAGUUCAACAUUAAAUUGAAAACAGCCAAUUCUUCAAAGCCAUCUUGGAUUGAACAGUAGUCAACUUCAUUUUGUGACUUUGAGGAACCAUGCACCUUGCAGGCCAAAGCACCUACAUACGAAUAUACACAGAGAUGUUCUUAGAAUUACUUACACACACACACAUAUGCACUCACACAAACACACAAACAUACACACUAUUAUGUACAUUGAAAAUUGAUGUUGAACAGAUGUGCACUCUACCAGCUAAAGUGAAAAUUUUUGGAGCCCAUGUACAUGCAUGCCAACACAAACCUUCAGAGAUGGAUGGUAAGAACAAAUCAGCACUAAUAAAAGGUGCCUGUUGUCUAUUCCAGUACAUGACACAUCCGCUUGUGUACACUCUUACUUACCAACACAUAUAGAAAACUGCCUUUGUGGAGAAUAAUUUUUACUACUUUUAUAUUGGUAUUUACUAGAUAAGUCUUUAUUCCAAAAUUAAGUCUAUUAUUCAAAACUGAGUUGCUUUCAUGAUGAAAUUUUGUCUGUGAUAUCAGACAUUAUAAGAUAUUUGAAAUAGAGAAGUGCGACAGAUCCAUUGAUAGGGAAGCAAACCACAUAUAGUUUUCUUGCCAGGUGACCUUAUUAUUUGUUCUAUAACAGAUCCUGCCAUUCCAUCUUCUCAAAUUAAACAAUAUAAUUUAUUUCUGUUAUUUUGACAGUACUACUUUAUUUCACCAAGAUAUUUCAUUAACUAUUUGCUGCAAACUUAGUGGCUGUUCUACUAGUAUCUUCUAUCAUUGAGAGGUAUCCAACCCCAGUUAAAUGUUUUUUUACAACGAAAAACAACACCUGAAGGUUAGAACUUGGAUAGGAUCUCACAAUGGUGGGUAUUAAUAAAAUUGCCUAUCCUGCAAGCUUGCAUACACAUUUGUAUAUGUUUGCUUGCAUGUGUGUGCACAUGCAAGCACACACACACUCUUCCCUGCCCUCUCUCUCUCUCCACUCACAACAACAGUUCUUGUACUCAGACAACAUUAUUUCUGUAUGUUAUCUCUUUAUAACAGUUCUCAUGAAUUCAAUAGAUGUUGCCCGAUAUAAUUUCAUUUCUCAUUACUAUGUUUGUAAUGGGCUAGAAGGUUUUCUAAAGUAUUAUAGUAAUGAAGGUUUUCUACAGCAUUAUAAUAAUGGCAAUAUAUAUCCUGUGAGUUGUAGUGUAUUGCCAUAUUGUUAGGGAGUUAGAUGCACAGUUGCUUGAAACACUAGGAAGAUGUAUCAGUGUUUUAUUUUUUCUUUCUUUGUCAUAAAUUUCUUGUUACAUGUCAUAUCAUCGGUUGGUUUGUAAGUAGUAUGUGUACAAGUAUGGCAUAUCUGCACAGUAUGCAGAAUUACAAUGGGUUCAGUGUUAUCACAUGGACAGUAUUGUUUGUGCAGUUAGCAGUAACCAGAAUAAAGGUCUUUGCUUCUCUGUUCAUCAUGAAAAGCCAGUCCAUUGUUCAGAACCUUUGAGAUUUGGCAACAUGAACACAAGCUGUAUGGAUCCCACUUUCAUUUGGCCUGCUUGCCUUGUUUAACUCUUUACUUGGGGAGAACCAAAUUAAAAAAAAAAAAUAUAUAUAUAUAUAAAACAUAAAAAAUAUACUUCUAUGGAUUGAGCUGGAUUUUCCCUGCACCAUUUUACCCUACCCCUAUAAAUCCUCUUUAUACUCCACUCUUUGGCCUUCUAUUGGGAAAGGUCAUCAGUAAUUUAAAAGAAAAUAUUGGAAAUCCUUCUAUAUUUCUCUGUAAAUAUUCAUCCUUCCCCUGCCACCGCCACCACUAUGUUGAACUUUCAUUUAAGACUGUAUUAAGCUGAUAUUCCAAUUUUCUUUCUUUCUUUUCUUUGCUCACUUUGGUUUUUUUUUCUUCUUUUUUGAUCACUUCAUCUUCCACCAAAGUGGAACUUUUGUUUUCUUCCAAUUAUCUAAGCAUUAAUUUUUACAUUUACUUUAUUUUCCUUUUUUUUUCAUCACACAUACUUUUGUGAGGGGACAGAAAUUAGUUUAUUAUUAUAGGAUUAAAAUGACUUUCCAUGUUGUUUAUUAUUACAUUUUAGUAAUUAAUCAAUUUAGAUUGUUUCAUUACAUUACCAAUCGUCAUAUACUUACAAUUUAUAUUUGAUUCUAGCUCUCUCUCACCUUUUUUUUAAUUAAUUAUAUGACUUUCAAUUAUUAAUUUUGGUUUUUAAAUUAUGUAAAUUGCAUUUUAUUUAUUAUUUUUUUUCUUCUGGAGUAUGAAAAAAAUACCAAAUAAAAAAAGGAACAUCUUGUACAAUCCUUGUAAUUAUAAGUCCUACAACAAUGUCAUUACUAACAACAGCAGCAUCAACAAUUUACAACACAAUAAAAACUUGAUGUAUCUGUUAUUUGUCUCCAGAGCAAAUGCUAUGGUAUCCUUAAAAAAAAAGUUAUCUUAUUCUUAAAAAAAAGUUAAUAGUCUUUUUUUAUAAGUGUUUUUUUAUUUUUGAGUGUAUUUUCUUUAUUCUCUUAACUAUUGAAAGAGAGCAAACGAAAAAAAAAAGUUGCCCUCAUGAAGUCUCAUUGCCAAAAUAGGUCUCUGGACAUCUUUAAACUCAGAGAUAAAAACAAUAUUUUUCUUUUAUAAUUUGAGAUCUACUUUUGUAAGAAAUUUCUAUUUGCUGCAUGAAAUAUUUAACUGUUACCUUUAUAGUAACUAUAAACUGAGGAUCCAAUAGUAACAAGUGAUUGGUAGUCAAUUUAAGAAUAUCGAAUGUACAGUUGUUAGAGGGUAAACUUAAAGAUUCGGCAUUCAGUAUACAAAUAGGUUUGUUCGGUAAGGAGCUAGUGUAAAAAAA